GGCGGUCCUGUCUGCCCUCAGUGUAUUUAGUAGCGCCCCCGACAAGGCAGCUCUCGACUCCGCCAACGCCUGGCUUCAGGAUUUUCAGCACUCUUCUGAGGCAUGGUCAAUCUGCAAUGUUCUCAUUCAGUCCCCCGAUGCUCCACCUCCAGCGAAACUGUUUGCUGCUCAGACCUUUCGUAUGAAGGUUACAUACGAUUUACACCAGGUGAACAGCUCGAACUUGCCUGCCUUGAGGGAUACGUUGGUGGCUGCGCUCGAAAAGUACUAUGCAGGCCCUCGCGCUUUGCUUGUGCAACUCUGUCUGGCCUUGUCAGGAUUGGCCCUACAGUUCCCGGCUUGGGAGAACCCAGUCCAAGACAUGAUAGACACGUUUGGGAGAAAUCCUGCGACGGUCCCAACUCUGUUACAGUUCUUAACUGUACUUCCGGAAGAGCUGACGGGUAAUACGAGAAUACCUAUGACGGACGAUGAAUACCGGACAAGGGCCGAAGCUAUCCUCACUGCAAAUGCGGAUACUGUAGUUGAAUUGCUGUCGAUGUACAUUCAAGCCCAAGGUGUCACAUUCGCUGUCCAAACGCAGGUCUUCAACUGUCUCAGUAGCUGGCUCACUAGCGGCGAGAUCCCAGCGGAAGCGGUCGCACGGACCCCUUUGCUCCAAUUCGCCUUCCAGGCUUUGGCGGCAGACGACCUAUUUGACGCUGCUGUGUCCGUGAUCUGCGAUUUGAUUCACGAGACCCAAGAAGUUGAAGAGAACAUGCUGGUUGUACAAGAAAUCGUUCCGCUUGUUAUCGCUCUGAAACCAAAGUUAACCGAAUUCGCGGAUGACCCGGAAAAAAUCAGAGGCUUGACCAAGAUUCUCACAGAAGCUGGAGAAGCGUAUCGCAGCCUCCUUCUCCACCAUACUGAAUCGUUCUAUCCCAUCGUUGAGGCUAUUAGUGAAUGUGCCGCAUAUCCCGACCUCGAUAUCGUCCCUAUAACCUUUCCUUUUUGGAUGCGUCUGGCGCAAAGUAUCGGCAAGAGGUCGUCCGUACCUCCUCUUCUUCUUGAGGAGUACAAGAAGCUCGCAAGCGUCGUCAUUAGCCACCUGCACUUCCCUCCGGAUGCGAAAGUUUUGACCGGCCAAGAAGUGGAGGACUUCCGAUCAUUCCGUCAUGUCAUGGGCGAUACUCUCAAGGACUGUUGUUAUGUCCUUGGUGCCGAUGUAUGUCUUAAUGCCGCGUACGACAUCAUCACCUCGGCCAUGGCAAGGGGAAACGUCUCUUGGCAGCAAGUAGAGGCACCACUAUUUUCUAUGCGGUCUAUGGGUGCGGAGGUCAACCCGAAUGAUGAUCUGGUUGUUCCAAAGAUUAUGGACCUCAUCCCAACACUUCCUUCUCACCCCCGCAUCCGCUAUGCCGCCUUGCUCAUCGUCUCCCGCUACACUGAAUGGAUCAACAAACAUCCAACUUACAUCCCUUACAUGCUCCAAUUCAUCUCAGCCGGCUUCGAGGACGCCGAUUUGGAGGUUGUUGCGGCUGCGGGUCAGGCGUUACGGUAUCUUUGUCAAGACUGUAAACAGCACCUGGUGGAAUACCUGCCGCAACUGCAUAGCUUCCUCAAAGCGAUGGGCAAUAAGGUCGCUCAAGAGGAUAAAGCCACGAUGUAUGAAGCCAUCGCCUUCGUAAUCUCAGCAAUGCCUAUGGAACAAGCGGCGCAGACCUUGCGAGAAUUCUCUCUAGACAUCUUGUCACUUGUACACACCGCCGCAAGCAAGCAAACGGUGGCCACCAGCCAAGAGAUGAAAGCUGCCAUAGAUGGGCUUGAAAACCUUGAAGUAAUGCUGAACGUCGUCGAAACUUUCGGAGACGACUUGCCUGCUGCCUGCCGGAAUACGUGUCAAGAAGCAUGGCUCUUUUUCGACCCCUUCAUCGCAAAGUAUGGAUCUGACUACAACGUCUGCGAACGCGUCACUCGUCUCCUUCGGUACGCUUUGAAUUUCUUCGGAUCAACAGCUCUACCUGUGAUUCCUGCCGUACUGGCGAGACUGUCUGUUGCCUUCGAAGAGACCGCUUACGCCAGCUAUCUCUGGAUUAUUGGCAAAAUUAUCUCCCGUUUCGGAAAUGAAGAGGGUGUAGGCCUACGAAACACCUUUAAGCAAGCCUUUGAGCAGACGUCGAACAAGCUCGUCAAGAUCCUGCAAAACACCCCACCAAGUCAAAUUCCAGACGUGAUGGAGGACUACCUUCGCAUGAUCGCCCCAAUGGCUGACUAUGCUCCUGAUGUCUUCUUUCCGACCCCAGCAUUCCCCGUUGCAUUCCGCGCAGCGAUGGCGGGUUUGACACUCGUUCAGUCUGAUAUCGUAUUCGCAGCGUUGGAUGUCCUUAGAACCAUCAUUGCCCACGACUGCCUCGAUCCGGCACCGAUGCCGCCUCCGAAAUUUACCAUCUAUGCUGCCGUUAUCAAGCCUGUGGUAGAGAAGGAGGGCCUCGAGCUGACUGGCUGCUUGCUCUCUGGCCUCACAGGUGACUUCCCCGAGGAUGCAGUAUCGUCGGUGAUCACUAUCUUCCGCGUCCUCGCAGCGCUCUGGUCCGCGCAGCUCUUGUCUUGGCUGCCAGUAGUAUUGCGCCAGCUUCCACCCACAUCCGUGCCUGAGCUGGCCAAGACUGCAUUCCUUUCGGAUGUUACUCAGUCGAUCAAUGCGAAAGACUACGACAAAGUGAAGUACGCAAUUAUAUCGCUGAACCGUGCGUCACGGAAGGCGCGGGAAAGGAGACGGAACAUGAGCACUCUGGGCGGUUGAAAGAUGCAUAUAAAAUCGAGGAUAGAGUAGUACUGUAGCUGUAUUGGACCACUUUGUAGUGUAGUGCCGACGUGUUGAAUAAUUGCUCGCUCGCAG